AUGCACAGCCCUUGGACGACAGAGCGGGCAAAGGAGCAGCUGGAGGGCUGGUACGGCCUCCGCCGGCAGAAGUUCUACAAGGCCAACGACAGCAAGGAGCUGCCAAAGUACUUCGCCUUCGCCACCGAGGUCGGUGGAGGCAUGGCGCCCGCCGGGGUGGCCGCUCCCACAUCGGCACGGGGCAGGACCUUCCUGGACUCGGUGCUGCGUGACGACAAGGCGCAGGAGUGGACCAGGAAGAAGCACUGGGAGGUGGGUGCGCGCGGCCACGCCUCCGUGCACAGCGGGCACGGCAAGGCGAAGCAGGGCGGCAAGAAGGGCGCCGGGAGCGGCCGGCGCGGAGCGGGCACGUGGAAGAAGACCAAGAAGAGAUGA